GUUCAAAUGAAUUGAAUUAAAGUUCAUCAGAGUAAAGCAGAUGGAUCAGACAAGCAAGCUACUUGUAACUUUGCUGAUGCUAGCCUUGCUGAAGUGUGCCAUUCUGUUAACGAUUCAUCUCCUAUUUGUUUCAGCUAUUCAAUGUAUCAAGAGCGUCUCUGGUCGUUCUCCUGUGCAAUGCGUUCCCGAAGAAAACUCCAGGGGAUUGAUAAUGAUCAUCACUGUAAUCAGAAACUUCUUUCUUGUGUCGGCUCAGUUACAAGUCGAGUUGCCGGUUUACAGGCUCUGCUGUGCGUACUCUGCUGGAGUGCGCCAAACGUGUGUUGGCGGACAAAUUCUUUUCGACCGGCCCGAGAAGAAAGCGAGACAUGGGUCCAAUGGGAUAAGUCGACGGGCGCCUUCCGUGCUUUGGUCAAUGCUCCUGUUGCUGUAAAGUG